AUGGCUCCCCAAACAGCCUUCAUGACCGUCCACUUCGACCAGUACAACCCCAACUCUGAAAAGGGAACAGACACCAGGGCCUCGCUUGCGUCGCUCGACUAUUCCCCUCUUCGCCGCGUAACAUGGAGAUCCUUUCUCAUGGGAGUUCUUGUGUCGAUGGGUGGUUUGAUCUUCGGUUACGACACCGGUCAGAUUUCAGGCUUUCUUGAAAUGCCGGAUUUCCUCGAUCGUUUUGGGCAGCGCAAGCCCGAUGGCACCCCCCAUUUCAGCAACGUCAGAUCUGGUUUGAUUGUCGGUCUGUUGUCGAUUGGCACAUUGAUUGGCGCCUUGGUCGCAGCUCCGAUCGCUGACCGCAUGGGCCGUCGGCUGUCCAUUUCCGCCUGGUGCCUCAUCGUUGCUGUUGGCUUUGUGAUCCAAAUCGCUGCCAACACGAGCUGGGUGCAAGUCAUGGUCGGUCGUCUUGUCGCCGGUUUCGGCGUCGGUGCUCUCAGUUUGCUUGUCCCCAUGUAUCAGGCCGAGACAUCUCCGCCCUGGAUCCGAGGAGCCCUGGUGUGCACCUAUCAACUUUUCAUCACCCUGGGCAUCUUUCUGGCGGCUUGCUUCAACUAUGGGACAUAUACUCAUCAAAGGUCAAAUUCUGGCUCGUGGCGUAUUGUCAUUGGACUCGGAUGGCUCUGGACCAUCAUUCUUGGUGUCGGCAUUCUUUUUUUUCCAGAGACCCCUCGGUAUGACUACCGAAGAGGACAAAGAGAGCGGGCGAAGGAAACCCUCAUGAAAGUGUACGGCGCUCCUGCGCAUCACUACAGCGUCCACGUGCAGAUGGAAGAGAUCGACAACAAGCUUCGCGCCGAGGUGCAGACCAAGGGUAACCCCGUCAGCGAAUUCAUUGGCAUGUGGAGGGCCCCUCGCAUGCGGUACAGACUCCUGCUGGGUAUGGCGCUCCAGAUGUUUCAGCAGCUGACCGGUGCCAAUUACUUCUUCUACUACGGCACCACCAUCUUUCAAUCGGUCCAAAUCAGCUCGUUCGUGACGCAGAUGAUCUUGAACGGCAUCAACUGGGGAGUGACCUUCAUUGGCUUGUACCUCGUUGAGCAUUACGGCCGUAGAAAGUCCCUCAUUGCUGGAAGCAUGUGGAUGUUUGUGUGCUUCAUGAUCUUCGCUUCCGUGGGACAUUUUAGUCUGGACCUUGAUGACCCUGCCCGAACGCCUUCCGCCGGCGUGGCUCUCAUCGUCUUCGCUUGUCUUUUCAUCCUGGGUUUUGCAACCACCUGGGGUCCGAUGGUGUGGACAAUCCAAGCGGAAAUCUAUCCCUCCAAGUACCGAGCCAAGGCCAUGUCUCUUGCUACCGCCAGCAAUUGGAUUUGGAACUUCCUGAUUGCCUUCUUCACCCCAUUCAUCACGGCUGCCAUCGAUUUCAGAUAUGGCUAUGUCUUUGCAGCGUGUAACGUUGUCGCAGGAAUCUUGGUCUACUUCUUCGUCAUCGAGGGACAAGGACGGACGCUCGAGGAAAUAGACACAAUGUACCUGGAACACGUCAGCCCGAGAAAGAGUGCCAAAUGGGUUCCACCGCCGGCCGCCGAAAUGGCCAGGAUCCAGAGGGAAGCAGGCACAGCCGAAAUUCCAAAGCCAGAACGAGGUGUGUACAGCGGUGAGACGGAACGAAAUGACCUUUCAGGAGAAAACAACAAAACGGCCCAUCAGGAAGAGUACGCUUGA